AAAAAUGUUUAAAAUAAAACGCAAAUCACGCCAACGACGGAGGUUUUGGGUGCGAAAAUUAUAUUUAGAUCGACAAAAUCAUGGGUUGUUUGAAAGUGCUUUGCGCAACCUUGCAAGGGACGAGGAGCAAUUCAAGAAAUCAUUACGAAUGCCCCUUUCACUGUUCAACGUAUUGCACGAAUUGCUGGAGAAUUCAUUAAAAAAACAUUCAAUCAGGACUCCAAUAUCUUCCCAAUGCAGAUUAUUUAUAACACUAUUAUAUUUGGCUCACGGUGGUACCCGACAAUUUCAUACGCUCGUACAUAGAAUGGGAUUAACCACAUUCAGAAGAAUAACACUUGAAACAAGUGAGGUAAUAUGGAAUUCGCUGUCAGAACUUUAUGUAACGACACCUACCGAAACGGAGUGGAUACGUAUUGCAAAUGAAUUUAAAUUAAUGUGGAAUAUGCCCAACUGCAUCGGCGCCAUAGAUGGAAAGCACAUCAACAUAACUUGCCCUUCGAACUCAGGUUCGAUGUUUUAUAAUUAUAAAGGCAAUUACAGUAUCGUACUUAUGGCAAUAUGUGACGCCAACUAUACGUUUACAUGUGUUGAUAUUGGGGCAUACGGCAGCCAAAGCGAUGGCGGUAUUUUCCAAUUUUCGAAAAUUUCGGAAGCUAUCGAAAAUAACUCUCUCAAUAUUCCGAAAGACUGUCCAUUACCGGGAGAAUUGGAGCCAUUCCCCCACUAUAUAAAUAAUAGAGAAUGCCUUUGGAAUACUUACUGCAAAAUGGAGGAUCCUUCGAACUACUCUGUGCAUGGCUCCAAAUAA